UAUAUUCCGAAAAGCCGAGGCAACGUCGUGAACGAAAUUCUGAGGCCGCGAGAGUCACUCGACGCGCGUCGCUCCGUUCGUUCGGUAUUGUUUAUUUAACCGGUAAGAGAGCAACAAAAAAGCAUCCACCAUGGACGCGAUCAAGAAGAAGAUGCAAGCGAUGAAGCUUGAAAAAGACAAUGCACAGGACAAAGCCGACGUGUGCGAGGGACAGGCCAAGGAGGCCAAUAUGCGCGCGGACAAGGUCCUCGAGGAAGUUCAGGAUCUCACCAAAAAAUUGUCCCAAGUCGAAAACGAUCUCACAACCAACAAGGCCAACCUCGAACAAGCGAACAAGGACCUGGAAGAACGCGAAAAGUCCCUCACCAAUGCUGAAUCCGAAGUAGCAGCGUUGAACAGAAAAGUCCAGAUCAUCGAAGAAGACUUGGAACGCUCGGAGGAACGUCUCAAUACCGCCAGUGCCAAGCUCACCGAGGCUUCCCAGGCCGCUGACGAGUCGAGUCGUAUGUGCAAAGUAUUGGAGAACCGUGCCCAGCAAGAUGAAGAGCGCAUGGAUCAAUUAACGAAUCAACUGAAAGAAGCUCGUCUCCUGGCUGAAGAUGCCGACGGCAAAUCCGACGAAGUGUCUCGUAAAUUGGCCUUCGUUGAAGACGAACUCGAAGUAGCAGAAGACCGCGUCAAAUCUGGAGAAGCCAAAAUUAUGGAGCUGGAAGAAGAAUUGAAGGUCGUAGGAAACAGCUUGAAAUCAUUGGAAGUCUCCGAAGAAAAGGCCAACCAAAGAGUCGAAGAAUUCAAACGACAAUUGAAAACUUUGACAGUCAAACUCAAGGAAGCCGAAGCACGCGCUGAAUUCGCCGAAAAGACUGUCAAGAAACUUCAGAAGGAAGUCGACAGGCUCGAAGACGAGCUCGGCGUCAACAAGGACAGAUACAAGUCUCUGGCCGACGAGAUGGACUCGACCUUCGCCGAGUUGGCUGGAUAUUAAAAUCUGUAAAACUCAUUGAUUACACACGCUGCUCCUCGACUAUUAUCGCCUCUUGACACAACUCGCCAACGUCCCAUUUACCUCUCGGAUCAAGGGAGAGAAAACAGAAACAGAAUCGGAGGAACAGUGAAAGAGACAAAAAAAGCAAAGAGAAAGAGGGAGAGAGAGAGAGAGCCAAUUAUAUAUCAUUGUAUACAACGUUUCGCGAUCAUCGAGCCACCGUUUUUAAUAUCAAGUCGUGUGGCCACGGAGCAUUUAUCGCCAGCAAAAAAAACAAACCAAAGCAAAACAACAAAGAUUAUAUAUUUAAAUAUAUUUAUGUAUAUUACGUUAUACAAAUUGUAUCGCAAGCGCGUAUGACGCUUCAUCGUUCGUGGCCAGAUGUAAAAAAACAAACAAAAAACAAAGCUUGCACGCUGUUCUAAUGUAA